CAAAGUAGCCGUUACACCUCUAUCCCAUUUAAAUAUACCCACCAAUAGGAAUCCCUUAACCUCAAGAAAUCCCUGUCCCUCCCUUUAAUUAUCUCCGCUCCAGCUCCCCUCUUUAUCUUUAUUUCUUAUUCCCUUCAUCUCUCUAAAUCAAGAACAAACCAAAAAAAUUUAUGAUCAUUAAUUAAUGGAUCAAGAAUAUUCCUUGUCUCACAUCUUUGCUAUUAACCAUUUCAUAACACCACAGUUUAAUUCCUCAACUCCAUUAUUAUCAGCCCCCAUGUCCACCACCACCACCACCACAAGCUCCGCCAGCAGCGAGGUCAGCAACGACAGCCGGCCGCCAUCGUUCCGUCUUGAUCUUCAAGAUUGUAAUAUAAGAAAAUCUUUAUCUGGUUCUUACCCGUAUCGCUCUCUAGCAGUACUCUCCGGCCAUGUUGGCUCCGUUUCUUGCUUGGCUUUAUGCGGGGAGUUUAUCUUGAGUGCUUCGCAAGGGAGAGAUAUUAUAGUGUGGCAACAGCCUGAUUUGAGACUGUUUACGAAGUUCGGACAAGGGGACGGGUCGGUUAAAGCUUUGGUAGCUGUCGGAAACAGGGUUUUUACUGCGCAUCAAGACAGUAGGAUUAGGGUUUGGAAGGUUUCGAGAAGCUCGGAGAAUGUGUUUAAACUUGUCGACACACUUCCAACUACAAAAGAUUAUGUCAGGAAAUUCAUGAAGCAGAGUAAUUACGUACAAACUAGGAGACAUCAUAAGAAACUGUGGAUCGAACAUGCCGACAGUAUUUCUUGUUUAACGGUUGAUAACGGUUAUAUUUACUCUGGUUCUUGGGAUAAGAGUUUGAAAGUUUGGAGGGUAUCGGAUUUGAAAUGCAUAGAGUCGAUUAAAGCUCAUGAUGACGCCAUUAAUGGAGUUGUAGCAUGUAAUGGAGUGGUUUAUUCAGCUUCAGCAGACGGGAAGAUUAAAGCGUGGGGGAGAUCAAAGCAAGGGAAAAUGAGCUCUCAUUGUCUGAAGGGGAUUUUGCAGGGACAGAGAGAGAACAUUUCGGUUAAUUCGGUUGCGGUUUCGGAUGAUGGGAAGUGGGUUUAUGGAGGCGGGUCUGAUGGGUAUGUGAUGGGAUGGGAAAAGAGCUGUGAUCUUGAACGGUGGAGAUUGGUUUCGGAGACGAAGGCACAUGAUAUGGCGGUUUUGUGUAUGUGUUUGAUGGGGGAGUUUUUGUGUAGUGGCUCAGCUGAUAAGAAAAUUGGGAUUUGGAGAAGAGAAGCUUAUGGUAAGCUUAGUAAAGUUUGGGAGAUUAGUGGUCAUGAAGGGCCUGUCAAGUGUUUGCAGGCGUCGCCGAAUAGAGUUGGCGGCGGUUUCUUGCUGUAUAGCGGCGGUCUCGACAAGAGUUUAAGAGUUUGGUGGGUGCCUAAGCUUAACACACAACAAAACUCUGUAAAAACAGAGUAUAGAUGACAAUUCUGCAAGAUUCUAAUUUUCAAUUUGUGUUAUAGUUUUGUUAAUUGAGAUCCAAGUGUGUGGAAUAUAGGGAAUUGAAGAGUGAAAGGUUUUGUUUUUGUUUUUUUUACCAACAUUUUAAAUUUUGUUAUACUUUUGUUGUUUACAGGAUGAAGAUUUGAGUUUGUAUUACAUGAAAUUUUUUGUAGAGAAAAGAAAUUGAAGGAUACAAUA